AUGCUGAGGCGGUUUUGCGCGCCGCUCUUUCCGCUGCUUUUUCUGUUGAGUGAAGCCCCGUCCAAAGCCGCCGCCUCGGUGAUUCCUACAACCGACUGUGGAACGAGGCCAGUUGUGGAUGACAUAGCAACAGGGACACGAAUUAUUGGUGGACAUGAUGCUCAGCUUGGCGGGUGGCCAUGGCAAGUUAGUCUUCAGCUUUAUCGUUUUGGUCAAGGAUAUGUCCAUGUAUGUGGUGGAUCAUUAAUUAAUCACAACUCUGUGUUGACAGCAGCACACUGCAUGAAGGAAUGGACGGUUGCUUCAUUUUGGAGAGCUCUGGUUGGAAUGCACCAUGUUUCCAGACACCACAUCCAUACCAGAAAGAGCCGGAUCAGGGCUAUUAUUAUGCAUUCCAAAUUUAACAAGGCCACCUUUGAGAACGACAUUGCCUUGUUCAAACUGAUGGAGUCUAUCAGGUUCAAUGAGUAUAUCCAGCCCAUCUGUUUACCUGAUGCCCCUGUUGCUCUAAGUGAUGAGACACCGUGUUUUAUAACUGGAUGGGGAUACACAACAGAAAAAGGUAGAGAGAGAGAUGUAUUACAAGAAGUACAAGUAGAUGUUAUUCCAGUAUCAAUCUGUAACAAACAUGACUGGUAUGCGGGGAUGGUGAAAAAAUAUAUGCUUUGUGCUGGCUCUGAAAAUGGAGGCGUUGAUGCUUGUCAGGGAGACAGCGGUGGCCCUCUUGCAUGCUAUUCACCAGAUGCCACCAGGUACUAUCUGAUAGGGAUUGGCAGCUUUGGCUUGGGUUGUGGCCGGCCAAGGUUGCCAGGAGUCUAUGUACAAACAGCUGCUUAUAGAAAGUGGAUAAAGUCUCAAGCUAUUUUAUUUGACAAAGCCACAACUAUGAAGACUCCUUAUGUACUCUUUGUGACUGCAGGGUGGAUACUUUUCUGUAAUUUUUUAUGAAAAAAGUCUCCUAUUGGAUCGGCAUAUCUCAGGUUUUUCAACUUUUGUUUCCAUGUUUAGCAAUAUUUAUUACUUUUA